GCAAACACUAAAAAUGAAGGUAGCAAAAAUCACUAUUCCACCACCAAAAGCUUAGGAGAUUUAGCCAUGGCCUCAGCAAUUUUAAAAAGAACAAGAAUGAUGGCUCAAAGCCUGAGAUCCUAUGCUUCAAUUUCAGUAGGAAGUGAUGUUACUGUUGCUGCACCGAAUGUUUCUCUACAAAAGGCUCGAUCUUGGGAUGAAGGUGUCUCCUCAAAAUUCUCUACUACCCCUAUUAAAGAUAUCUUCAAGGGCAAAAAUGUUGUAAUCUUUGGACUUCCUGGUGCUUACACUGGAGUGUGUUCAAUGCAACAUGUACCUAGCUACAAGAAUAACAUUGAUAAGUUCAAGGCCAAAGGAAUCGACUCAGUGAUCUGUGUUGCUGUGAAUGAUCCAUACACUAUGAACGGUUGGGCAGAAAAAUUACAAGCCAAAGAUGCUCAUAUUGAGGAUGACAUAAUUCAUGAACUGUAUGAAGCAUCAAAACACAAACUUUGUAGAUUGUCAUAUGCUUUAUGGCUAACGCUGGUACAGAUUGAGUUUUAUGGUGAUUUUGAUGGAAGCUUCCACAAGAGUUUAGACUUAACAAUUGAUCUCUCGGCUGCUUUGCUUGGACUUCGAUCUCAUAGGUGGUCGGCAUAUGUAGUUGAUGGAAAUGUUAAGGUUCUGAAUGUUGAAGAAGCACCUUCUGACUUCAAGGUUUCUGGCGGAGAUGUUAUCCUGGGACAAAUCUAGAUUUGCCCUAUUUCUUCAUUCUCCAAUAAGUUUUGCAUACUUUAAUGUAUGGGUGUGUCGCAAUGUUGUUAAAAAAUCAAUCGAGUCGAACCAUUGUCGUCCCUAGUAAUUUCAGUUAAUAAAUAUAAAUUAUAUAUUCGGCUAACAAAUUAACCUGAGCUAUAUAUACACUAUCCACGUUUGGUAAA